UAGGACUUCCUCAACUUGUCCCCACUGUUUGUGUCUCUUGUUUCCUUUUCUUCUCCCCUCCCUCUCUAGUGUCUCUGUGGACUUACCCGCAGGCCAGGUCAAGUGACCACCCAACGUCGGCCCCUAGAACGGGGGACUUAGUGAGCGACCUUGUUCUGGAACCUACAGUAGAGCAAGUAAAGGAGAAUACAGGACCCACGUGGGAGCCUACCACGCAGCUGGACCUCGUCCAGCGGCCUGCCUUCUGCCUGGAGCGUUCCUUCAUGGGUCCCUGCAGGAUUCUGUUGAUCAGAUACUACUACAAUGCCCACUCCGGACGCUGUGAAGCCUUUUUAUAUGGUGGCUGCAGAGAAAAGCAGAACAACUUUGAGACCAAGGAAGAGUGCAUGAGGGUCUGUGGACAGAGUCCCAAGGUGCUGACUACUACUCAAAGUACUGGAACACAAGUGUCUCUGUGGACUUACCCGCAGCACAGUUCAAGUGCCCCCCCAACGUCAGCCCGGAGAACAGGGGCCUUAGUGAGGGACUCUGUCCUCUGGCCUAAAGGAGAACAAGUAAAGGAGAAUACAGGAACAACUUGGGAGCCUACCACACAGCUGAACUUUGUCCAGCGGCCUGCCUUCUGCCUGGAGCGUUCCUUCAUGGGUCCCUGCAGGAUUCUGUUGAUCAGAUACUACUACAAUGCCCACUCCGGACACUGUGAAGCCUUUUUAUAUGGUGGCUGCAGAGAAAAGCAGAACAACUUUGAGACCAAGGAAGAGUGCAUGAGGGUCUGUGGACAGAAUCCCACGGUGCUCACUACAACUGCAAGUGCUGGAACACAAGUGUCUCUGUGGACUUACCCGCAGGCCAGGUCAAGUGACCACCCAACGUCGGCCCCGAGAACGGGGGACUUAGUGAGCGACCUUGUUCUGGAACCUACAGUAGAGCAAGUAAAGGAGAAUACAGGACCCACGUGGGAGCCUACCACGCAGCUGGACCUCGGCCAGCGGCCUGCCUUCUGCCUGGAGCGUUCCUUCAUGGGUCCCUGCAGGAUUCUGUUGAUCAGAUACUACUACAAUGCCCACUCUGGACGCUGUGAAGCCUUUGGAUAUGGUGGCUGCAGAGAAAAGCAGAACAACUUUGAGACCAAGGAAGAGUGCAUGAGGGUCUGUGGACAGAGUCCCAAGGUGCUCACUACAACUGCAAGUGCUGGAACACAAGGCCAGCGGCCUGACUUCUGCCUGGAGCGUUCCUUCAUGGGUCCCUGCAGGAUUCUGUUGAUCAGAUACUACUACAAUGCUCACUCCGGACGCUGUGAAGCCUUUGGAUAUGGUGGCUGCAGAGCAAAGCAGAACAACUUUGUAACCAAGGAAGAGUGUAUGAGGGUCUGUGGACAGAGUCCCACGGUGCUCACUACAACUGCAAGUGCUGGAACACAAGUGUCUCUGUGGACUUACCUGCAGGCCACAUCAAGUGCCUCCCCAACGUUGGCCCCGAAAACAGGGGACUUAGUGACGCUCGCUGUUCUGGGGACCAUAGGAGAGCAAGUAAAGGAGAAUACAGGACCCACGUGGGAGCCUACCACACAGCUGAACUUUGUCCAGCGGCCUGCCUUCUGCCUGGAGCGUUCCUUCAUGGGUCCCUGCAGGAUUCUGUUGAUCAGAUACUACUACAAUGCCCACUCCGGACGCUGUGAAGCCUUUUUAUAUGGUGGCUGCAGAGAAAAGCAGAACAACUUUGAGACCAAGGAAGAGUGCAUGAGAGUCUGUGGACAGAGUCCCAAGGUGCUCACUACAACUGCAAGUGCUGGAACACAAGUGUUUCUGUCCACUUACCUGCAGGCCAGGUCAAGUGCACCCCCCACAUCAGCCACGAGAACAGGGGACUUAGUGAGGGAUGAUGUUCCUGGGCCUAGAGGAGAACAAGUAAAGCAGAAUACAGGACCGACGUGGGAGCCUACCACACAGCUGAACCUCGUCCAGCGGCCUGCCUUCUGCCUGGAGCGUUCCUUCAUGGGUCCCUGCAGGAUUCUGUUGAUCAGAUACUACUACAAUGCCCACUCCGGACGCUGUGAAGCCUUUUUAUAUGGUGGCUGCAGAGAAAAGCAGAACAACUUUGAGACCAAGGAAGAGUGCAUGAGGGUCUGUGGACAGAAUCCCACGGUGCUCACUACAACUGCAAGUGCUGGAACACAAGUGUCUCUGUGGACUUACCCACAUGCCAGGUCAAGUGCCCCCCCAAUGUCGGCCCCAAGAACAGUGGACUUAGUGAGCGACACUGUUCUGGGGCCUAAAGGAGAACAAGUAAAGGAGAAUACAGGACCAACAUGGGAGCCUACCACGCAGCUGAACCCUGUCCAGCGGCCUGCCUUCUGCCUGGAGCGUUCCUUCAUGGGUCCCUGCAGGAUUCUGUUGAUCAGAUACUACUACAAUGCCCACUCUGGACGCUGUGAAGCCUUUGGAUAUGGUGGCUGCAGAGAAAAGCAGAACAACUUUGAGACCAAGGAAGAGUGCAUGAGGGUCUGUGGACAGAGUCCCAAGGUGCUCACUACAACUGCAAGUGCUGGAACACAAGCAUCUCUGUGGACUUACCCGCAGGCCGGUGCCACCCCAACCUUGGCCCCGAGAACGGGAGACUUAGUGACGGACGCUGUUCGAGGGCCCAGUGUAGAAAAAGGAAAAGAAAAUAGAGUACCGACAUGGGAGCCUGCCACGCAGCUGAACCUCGGUAAGUGAACAGUGAUCAUGGCACAAGA